AAGAGCACCACGCAACACGUUACCCUCUUCAACAGCCCCCUAACCCCCAACACAACACAACACAACACCAUGCUUUCUCUCUCUACCACCACUCUCUCUCCGUCGCAACUUCUGCACCAUCACCGUCGCUCAUGUUCCUUCAAGCUCCGAGCUUCUUCUCCUCUCAAUUCCAAUUCCUUCUCCGAUCACCGAGUUGUUGUCACCAGAGAACGCGGCAAGAAUGACAAACUCAUUACUGCUCUUGCAAAACAUGGGAUUAACAGUUUGGAGCUUCCUCUAAUUCAGCAUACGCAGUUGCCUGAUCUCGACAAACUUGUUUCCCUAUUGAGUGCCGCUAGUUUUGAUUGGAUCAUCAUAACGUCACCCGAGGCAGCUCUUGUGUUUCUUCAAGCUUGGAAAGCUGCUGGGACCCCAAGUGUGAAGGUAGCUGUGGUUGGAAGUGGUACAGCGAGCGUUUUUCAUGAAGCUAUGCCUUCAUCUAAGCAAUUAAUUGAUGUUGCCUUUACUCCGUCAAAAGCAACCGGUAAAGUUCUCGCUUUAGAGCUGCCCCAUUACCAGAAUGAUAAAUCCACAGUUUUAUAUCCUGCAUCUGCAAAAGCUAGUCAUGACAUAGAGGAAGGUCUUUCUAAACGUGGAUUUUACGUCACAAGAUUGAAUACAUACACAACGGAACCUGUCCAACACGUGGAUCAAAUGCUUCUCAAGCAAGCACAAUCUGCUUCUGUAGUUGCAGUUGCAUCACCUUCUGCAAUUCGUGCUUGGUUCGAUCUUUUACCCGAACCAGAUAACUGGAACGGUUCCAUUGCAUGCAUCGGUGAGACAACCGCUUCAGCUGCGAGAAAAUUGGGCUUGAGAAAUAUAUACUACCCAUCCAGCCCCUCUUUUCAAGGAUGGGUUGACAGCAUUCUUGAUGCUUUACAAGUCCAUAAUCAGUUCUUGAAAGCCUAAAACCAAUGUUUGCGGCAUCUUGUUUUUGAGGUAACGUUUUAUACGGGAGCUGAUGUUCAUAAACAUCUCUAGUAACACCAUGAAGAGCAUCUUGAGGAAGCAUAAUUUUGUAACAAUUGUUUAUAAAUUUUACAUAUUGUAAAUCAACAUUUACAAGUUAAUUAUAAUCAGGUAGUUCGUGAUUCCGACUUGUAGUCUCGUACUAACAUUCUUUGUAAAGGAAUAAUUAUAAUAAUAGCAAAUUAAACUUAUGUUUC